AUGUCCGGCCUAAGGCUGCCCCUUAUAGGGUGGCUAGGGUACCUCCGCAUCUUUCUUCGCACUAUUGGGCUUCAUGUGUUGAAUUCUGUCGACCGCUGGUUCCUCCAAAAAGCUGCAGGCGAACAGCCCAAAGCAGUCAUUUACAAAUCACGGUUCAUCGCCCUUUUCCGAUGCUGUAUCCAUAUUGUGCCAGCGACGCUGUCCAUUUUUCUCCUCUCAAUAACUUUUUGCGGAUAUUUCAUAGGGUGGGAUUUAGCAGGAACCCCUGGAAAUUCAAGAACAUAUCUAUCGGUUCUCCAAGUGGCAGCAAAGACACAUUCGAGACGGAGUCCCUUUGGCCUCCUUGGCUCCGCACUAAGCUUCAGUCAACUGAGCUUCUUCUGGACCCAAGAUUUUAUUGGUGCAGUAUCCUCGAAAGCCAACUGCAAAGCAAACCGAGGUCUCAUAUUUUACCUAUUCAUCACCGGACUACUAGCAACUUCGACUGGCCCGGCAUCAGCGAUUUUGAUGAUCGCAAGAAAAGUCGAGAUGCCGGCUGGAGGAACAUCGUAUUAUGUCAAAGGGAGCGCUAGUCAACUUUGGCCCGAUACCAUUGGGAUUGAACAUUAUGAUCCGUUCCCUGAAUUGAAUUCGGGAGCCGGGAAGUUCCAGUGCAUGUCGCAUCAUGCACAUUUGAGCUCGUUCUGCCCUAACGGAGGACCGCCUGAAUAUCCGGGGAAAUCGACAGCACACCACGGGGAGCCUCUCAUGCUCCCUUCUGGUGUUGGCGUUUUGAUUCGGAGCCUUGAGGGGAUGGUAUCCUCAUUUACAAUGGAUGGCAGAAUUCGUGGCUCGCACGGCGAACGUGAGACUAUUACAGUUGGUACGCACGCACCAACGAUUCUUCUGCAACAGAGACUCAAUAAGGACUGGACCGAUGCUUUAUAUAACAAACACCUUCCGGGACCCAGUUACUCUCGACUCAAGUACUACGAAACACAACGAGCGGUCGUACUCACUCGAGUGCCUGUUGUCCGAUGUGUAUGUGUGCUGCAAGACCCGAAUGCCACGACUCGCAGGAUUUUUAUGCCUGUAUUGCCAGAAUUCAAACGCGCAACUUCGGAGGACAAAUGGGUAAAUGAGGUUGUAUUGGUCACCAUCUCCAGUUUAGCAACUCACACAUUCUCCAAAGCGGCCCGAGUCUCCUGGGUCGACCAGAAUAUAACAGGAUUUCCUCCAGAACAUCGUAUGACAACUGGACUCCUCUUUGAGGCCCCUUGGGGAAGCAACCAAAGCCGAAGUGCAUUUGGAUGCUCUAUCGAUGCACGCUGGGCGAACGCAGAUACCAUUAUUGAAUAUCCGGGCUUCUCCGAGUCUAGGAUCACGGCCACGAUGCGUGAUAAGCCGGACAAUGGGUUCAUUAAUAGUUUUCUUCCACAUCCAGAGCCAUCGGCCGGAUGGAGUCGCAUAAACGUAACCCCGGAGUGGCUAGAAACCGUGAAUUUCAAGCUGCCAUCGAACUCUAGCGGCAAAUACGAACCACGAUGAACCGCUUUAAAGGCUCUUAUCAUUGCCCCUGUGGGGGAUUGGUUGCAAAAUGUGGCGAAGAUCC